UCAUUGUCACGUUAAUUUUCAGACGGUCCCUACACGAGUUACUACUGCCUUGAAUCAUGGCCGUCGACUGACUGUACCCCGACCAUAUGGGACUCGCUAGAGAAAGCUCUCACUCUUCUGAUACAUAUACGAUGUAAACGUUUGGGAAGCUAGGAUUUAACGAGUAGUUUGGGUGCGCCUUGAUGCAGAUAUGAGGUAGCUGUUGUGAAUUGGGCAGCGUUUUAAACGGACUCUUGCGGCCGGAGGAAAGUUCUGGAAGCAGCAGAGCCCUCUUGGUCCACCGCAACAUUAAACCCAUCAGGACACAUGAGGUUGAGAGUAACUUUAGCCUGUUAAGUUUGGCAAGUGAAGAGGACGAUGAAGUCCAGUUUGACAGUCACAAAGAAUUUGGGCUACAAUCAAAAAUAGAAGAGGAGAUGUGGGGCAGCCUUGGCGGUUACCUUUCUUUAUGUAAAAUCUAGCUUCCGACAUAGACAAUAACCAUGAGGUGUUGAUGGCUGGUAAACAUUACCCGUCCAUCCAUGAGUUCGCCUCAGCAAUCCCCAACCACCUUCUCUUGGGCUCUCUACUAGAGCACCUGUGCUUCGUCUACGAGAGCAAUCCAACACGCUCGCGUAUGCUUUUUAAAGUUAUUGGCCAGCGUUUAGCCGCUAUGAACCUCCUCUCACCUUUAGCCAUAAGUGAUGAGUUUAGCACCGUCAGACUCCAGCACAAUCGGGCCUUCACUGAGCUGCUUCAUGCUGCCAGCUCCUCGCUGUACCCACAGGGCCAACAACUUCUCGGCACAAACACACACAAUCCUGCUGUAAGACCUAAGGAGGGACUUUUUCAAGCGCAGACGUCCCGGUAUCUUAGUGAAUUUGAAGAAUUAUGUCGACUUGGAAAAGGAUCAUAUGGAAAUGUUUUUAAGGUUAUUAACAAACUGGAUGGACAACAUUAUGCUGUGAAGAAGAUUCUCAUCAAAAAAGUGUCAAAGGAUGACUGCAUGAAGGUACUCAGGGAAGUGAAAGUGUUGUCCAGCCUGCAGCAUAUUAAUGUUGUGGGCUAUCACACUGCGUGGAUGGAACAUGUUCAGCCUGCUGCAUAUCCUGAAUCUCUCCUGCCUGCACUGGAAUCACCUGGACAACAAGACAGUUCUUGUGACAGCCAUGACGGCAGCAGCAGCAGCUCCUCGAUUGUUUUCCAGAGCCUCAGUCAAGCACAGACAGAUGCUGCUUCAAGUGCCAAAGAACCCCCAAGAGAGACCCAGCCCAUCAAAGCUUUAGUUCCAACCCAAGAGAAGGACCAGGUGGUGUGUCCCAAGACGAUGCGUCGGAUUCCCAAGAACUACAUCCCCUGUGUGUUCCUGGGACAGCAAGGUCCCAUGAAGAGCUCCAAAUGUCCUGCCAUGGGUUGGGAGAGUUCAGAACUGUCAGAGGAGGAGUCCAGCAGGAGUAGCAUCGAACUGAACAACAACUCCUGCAUCAACAGAGAAUAUCAGCCGCGGGCUGACAAACAUACAGUAAAGCCUUCUAAAGAGGUACACUUCCACCUGAUGCUCUAUAUCCAGAUGCAGCUGUGUGAGCGCUCACUAAAGGACUGGAUCUCUGACAGGAACACCAAGCAGAGAGAAGAACAGACCAUAAGAUGCCCUUAUGGAUGUGUUGAUCCUGAACGCACACUCGGCCUGCUGAGAAAGAUACUUGAAGGAGUAGCGUAUAUUCACUCCAGGGGAAUCAUUCACAGAGACCUGAAGCCAAGGAACAUUUUCCUCCAUGGUCAGGACUGCCAUGUUCGGAUUGGGGACUUUGGUUUGGCCUGCAGGGAUAUAAUACUGGAUGGCCACAACAGCUCCACCUCUCUCAGCAGUGCUUCCUCACAUACUACAGGUGUUGGCACAUUUGUAUAUGCUGCACAAGAACAGCUGAAGGGCUCCCAUUAUGAUUCAAAGUCAGACAUGUACAGCAUCGGAGUGCUGGCUCUGGAGCUGUUCCAGCCCUUUGGGACAGAGAUGGAGCGGGUCCGGACCCUUGGAGACCUGAGGGAGGGGAAAAUUCCAGACUCGUUCCGCCACAGAUGGCCACUCCUCACUGAGUACAUUGUGAAGCUGACGAGUAAAGAGCCCAGGGUUCGGCCCACGGCCAGCGAGCUUCUACAGAGCGAACUUUUCUGCAGGAAAGACAUAGUGAUCCAUGGUUUGCAAAUAAGGGUUGAAGAGCAGGAGAAAGAGAUCAUGCAGCUGAGGAGACAGAUCAGUCGGCUUGAGAGCUCAAAAGUCACAGUAAAUUUCUCUGAGUCGGACAAGACCUGAGCCUUAAAAAUGUCGACACACUACAGACUGUGAAAACGUCAUUUUUUCAACCACUGCAGUACAAUACUUAAGUGACUUGGUACAAGUGGUAGAGUGUGUGUAAAGCAUUUGAGUGUGUCUUGUACACCUGGAUGUAAGGGUGCAACUAUUUAUUCUCAUUCAGCUGUUCAAUAAAACCUACUUCUGCUA